AGUAUAAGACCCUUUGGUGUCCACGAUCCUCGCACUUUCGUUCAUCACUCUGGUCUUCUCCGUCUCAUCCGUUGGAUAGAUCCACUCAGAGAGAGAGAGAGAGAGAGAGAGAGAGAGAGGGGCGGAGAGAUGGCGCUGAUAGGGCUCAAGGCGACGGCGUUCGCGGCGGCGGCGCAGCUGCUGGGAGUCGCCGGCGCGGUGCUGGUGCUGGUGUGGUGCAUCUACUUCAUGGGGGGCUUGGCCUGGGAAGCCUCCAACAAGAGUCUCAUCUUCAACAUUCAUCCCGUGCUGAUGCUAAUUGGCUUGAUCAUCAUCGGAGGUGAAGCAAUCAUAACUUACAAGACAUUGCCUCUGAACAAAGAAACGAAGAAGGUGAUACAUAUGGUGCUACACGCCAUCGCUUUGAUACUCGGCAUCAUCGGAAUAAGUGCCGCGUUCAAGUAUCACAACGAGAGUUCCAUUGACAACUUCUACAGCUUGCACUCCUGGCUCGGGAUCGGCGUCAUUAUACUCUAUGCCAUUCAGUGGAUAUAUGGAUUCAUCAUCUUCUUCUACCCUGGAGGAUCGGGCACCCUAAGGAGGGACUCGCUUCCGUGGCAUGUGCUGUUCGGGUUGUUUGUGUAUUUAUUGGCGGUUGGAAAUGCGCUACUAGGCUUCUUGGAGAAGCUGACAUUCCUUGAGAACUCGGGGCUCGCGAAGUACAGUUCUGAGGCCUUCCUCGUCAACUUCACCGCAGUCGUGACAGUACUAUUCGGCACCUUCGUCAUAUUCACCGUGCUUUCUCAGCCCGUUGUUGAAGACGACCAUAGCUAUUCCCCAAUCUAGAUCGUGUCGCAUUCCUAAAUAAGAUUGCUUUAUGUAUAGAACAUCCACGGAUCAUUUCGUUGUAGCAGAUGUACGAUAAUUGCGUGAGAAACACCCGUUCUUCUGAACAAAGUUGUCAACUUGUCAUGCUUGGCAAAA